AUGAAGCUAGAUAUUAAAAAAAGUUUUAGUAACAGGUCAGAUAGAGUUAAAGGAAUUGAUUUCCACCCUACAGAACCGUGGGUUUUAACUACUUUAUAUUCCGGUAGGAUAGAAAUUUGGAAUUAUGAAACUCAACAUGAAGUGAGAUCUAUCCAAGUCACUGAAACCCCAGUUAGAGCAGGUAAAUUUAUUGCAAGAAAGAACUGGAUUAUUGUCGGUUCUGAUGAUUUUAGAAUAAGAGUAUUUAAUUAUAACACAGGUGAGAAAGUUGUUGAUUUCGAGGCUCAUCCAGAUUAUAUUCGUUCCAUUGCUGUCCAUCCGACUAAACCAUACGUGUUAUCCGGUAGUGAUGAUUUAACGAUAAAGUUAUGGAAUUGGGAAAAGAAUUGGAAUCUAGAACAAACAUUCGAAGGUCACGAACAUUUCGUCAUGUGUGUGGCCUUCAAUCCAAAGGACCCAAAUACAUUUGCCUCAGGUUGUUUAGAUCGUACAGUUAAAGUUUGGUCAUUAGGCCAAUCUACACCAAACUUCACAAUGAAUACAGGCCAAGAAAGAGGUGUCAAUUACGUGGAUUACUAUCCUUUGCCUGAUAAGCCAUAUUUGGUCACAUCUUCUGACGACCUCACGGUAAAAAUCUGGGAUUAUCAAACUAAGUCUUGUGUUGCUACCCUGGAAGGGCACAUGUCAAAUGUUUCAUUUGCUGUAUUUCAUCCAACAUUACCAAUUAUUAUUUCGGGUUCAGAAGAUGGUACUUUAAAGAUUUGGAAUUCUUCAACAUACAAGGUAGAAAAGACAUUGAAUCUAGGUUUAGAAAGAAGUUGGUGCAUUGCUACCCAUCCAACCGGUAGAAAAAAUUACAUCGCCUCAGGUUUUGAUAAUGGAUUUACUAUUUUGUCCUUAGGUAACGAUGUCCCAGCUUUAUCCUUAGAUCCAGUUGGUAAGCUUGUAUGGUCUGGUGGAAAGAACGCAUCAGCCUCAGAUAUUUUUACAGCAGUUAUAAGGGGUAACGAACAAGUGGAAGAAGGUGAACCUAUAUCUUUACAAUCAAAAGAACUUGGUAGUGUAGAUGUUUUCCCCCAAAGUUUGGCUCAUUCUCCAAAUGGUAGAUUUGUUACUGUUGUAGGUGAUGGUGAAUAUGUUAUCUAUACUGCUCUUGCUUGGAGAAAUAAAGCGUUCGGCAAGUGUCAGGAUUUCGUAUGGGGCCCAGACUCUAAUAGUUAUGCUCUGAUCGAUGAAUCCGGUUCUGUUAAAUACUACAAGAAUUUUAAAGAAGUCACGUCAUGGUCCAUCCCAUUAUCUUACAAUAUCGAUAAGUUGUAUCCAGGUGCAUUAUUAGGACUAAGAUCCGACGGUUUCAUCUAUUUCUUCGAUUGGGAAACCGCAAAUCUAGUCAGAAGAAUUGAUGUCAAUGCCCGUGAUGUUGUUUGGUCCGACAGUGGUGAGUUAGUUAUGAUUAUAAAUUCCGAAGAAAAUCGUGGAGAUGAAUCAAGUGCUUACUCGCUGGUAUUUGAUAGAGAUGCAUACAUUCAAGCCGUCAAUGAAGGUGAAACUGAUGAAGAAGAGGGUGUUAGUGAAGCCUUUGAUGUUCUGCACGAACUGAAUGAACCAAUUACUUCUGGUAAGUGGGUUGGUGAUGUCUUCAUAUUUACGACCUCCACAAAUAGAUUGAACUAUUUUGUUGGUGGUAAAACUUAUAAUUUGGCGCAUUACUCAAAGGAAAUGUACUUAUUGGGUUACCUAGCUCGUGAUAAUAAGGUAUAUCUAGCUGAUAGAGAAGUUCAUGUUUAUACCUACGAAAUUUCACUAGAGGUUCUUGAAUUCCAGACCCUUACUUUAAGAGGUGAAUUAGAGGAAGCUCUUGAAGCUAUUUUACCAAAUAUUGAAGAUAAAGCUUCAUUGACUAAAAUCGCCAGAUUCUUAGAAGGUCAAGAAUAUUAUGAAGAAGCCCUAAAGAUAACGUCAGAUCGUGAUCAACAAUUUGAUUUAGCCUUAAAAGUCGGUGAAUUAGCUCUAGCGCGCGAUUUAUUAUCAGACGAAGAAAAUGAAAUGAGAUGGAGAUCUUUGGGUGACGCUUCUUUACAGAAUUUCAAUUUCAGGUUAGCUAUUGAAGCUUAUACGAAGGCACAUGAUUUAGAUUCUUUAUUCUUGCUACAUUCAUCAUUCAAAAAUAAGGAAGAAUUACUGAAAGUCGCCAAAGAAGCUGAAUUUGUUGGCAAAUUUAAUUUAGCAUUCAAUAGUUAUUGGACAGCUGGUGAUAUUGAAGGGGCAAAACAACUUCUUGUAAAAUCUGGUAGGUUUUCAGAAGCCGCUGUUUUUGGUUAUACAUACGGUGUCAACAAUGAAGAAUUAGAUGAAGUUGUAAAACAAUGGAAAAACAGUUUGGUAUUAGAAGGUAGAGAAUUUAUUGCUGACAGAAUUAGCAUGCCAGGUAACGACUCAGGCUUUCCACACAAAGCAACAGAUGACAAGCCACUGAUUGAUAUCGAAUCCACAGAAGCAAAAGAAGUUUCAGAGGACUCUUCUACUCAAGAAGAAGACGCUGUUGAAUCCACAGAAAACGAUGAAGUAGAGGUUGAAACUGCUGAUAACGAUGAAGUAGUGCUUGAAACUGCUGAUAACGAUGAAGUAGUGCUUGAAACUGCUGAAAAAAAAGAAUAA